AUGGAGAAACUGUUGCAUUGGUCUAUUGCGAACUCGCAGGGGGACAAAGAGGCUAUUGCCAAAGCUGGGGCGCCGGACCCAAAGUUGCUGGAGCAACUGUUCGGCGGUGGGAACCAGGUCGAUGAUGCGACGCUCAUGAAGGAGUGCACGCGUGCCAUACUGGACGACGAGGUCGAGCUAGAGAACAAGCUGACUGCCAUGGACAACUUCGAGAUGCUGAUUGAGAAUUUGGACAACGCGAACAACAUCGAGAACAUGAAGUUGUGGGAACCGAUCUUGAAGAUGCUGGAUUUUGAGGAGGCGGAAUUGCGCCAGGGGGCGCUGUCCAUUAUCGGCACGGCCGUUCAAAACAACUCCACCUCGCAGGAUAACUUCAUUAAAUACGAUACAGGGUUGGAGAAAGUCAUCAAGCUCGCGGGGGACAUGGCCCAGCCAAACGGGGUGAGGACAAAGGCACUGUACGCACUGUCAAAUCUGACGAGAAACCACCCCGCAAUGGCCGAGAAGUUCGAACAACAGAAUGGACUAGAUAUAGUCCCAGUGAUACUGAACGACCCAAAGAGCGAACCCAAGUUGAAAAUGAGGGUUAUCGCCUUGAUAACGGCUUUCAUCAGCACGGUCACAGUGGACGACAAAUUGCUGUCCUUGCUAAGGAAGGACGGUGUCAUUCAGGCUGUAGCAGAAUCGUUCUUGGAUGAAACCAAUAUAAAUAUAGUGGAUAGGGUGUUGGCGUUUUUCUCACGCCUGAUCGCCUGCGGGGUUAAAUUUACGAACUCUGAGUUGGUCACGCUCAGGAAGGGCUUUGAACAGAUACAGCCCUUAAAGGAUAGGUUAAACGAGGACGAUUAUUUAUCCGUCAAGUAUGUAUUAUAG